UCAGCACCCCCUCCCGCCGCUGAGUUCACAACAUCCACUACCGCCACUACUGUCUUUCACUGCACAUCGCUACUAGAAAAUCAGGACGGAUGAGUUAAGACAAACACAUAUUCACGUUAUUUUUUCUUUUUUUUUUCUUUUUGUGGGGGGGAUCAAGUCUCCAAAAUAGCUGACCUAUUGAGGAAAACGGACCCAAGGUACCCCUUAGUGAUUGGUGCUAGAUUUUGACCAUGGGGAUCAAGGCAGCCCUUCCUAAGAUCGAGCUCUACCUCUACACUAGCAUCCUCUCGCUGGCCCUUCUGUGGGCAGCCAGCUGGAUCGUGGAGGCUUCGAGUGAGAAUGUGCAAAGGAAGAGCUUUAAGGAGAGCAUGAAACCAGGCUGGCACUACUUUGGUAGAAAAAUGGACGUGGCUGAUUUCGAGUGGGCGAUGUGGUUCACUACCUUCCGCAGCCACAUCCUGUUUGCUCUCUCUGGUCAUGUGAUCUUUGCCAAAAUCUGCUCCAUGAUUUCACCCAAGCACAGGUCUCUGAUCUACAUGCUGUAUGGCGGCUUGACCGUGCUCAUCAUCAUGGGCUGGACGUACGUCUCCCUCAUCCUGUCCCACUGCAUCGUGCUCUAUAGCGUGGCCCUCAUUAAGAGGAAGUGGCUCUGUUUCCUGGCUGGACUCACCAGCCUGGCCACCUUCAAGAUGGAUCCUUUCGUAUCCUGGCAGGCUGGCUUUGUCACCGGCACCUUCAAGCUUCAGGACAUCCUGUUUUAUGGAGGCUGCGGAUUUUCCAUCAUGCGCUGCAUGAGUUUUGCGCUAGAGAACUGCGAGAAGAAAGAUGGCCAGUACACCUUCAUGGAUUUGAUGAAGUACAACUUCUACCUCCCCUUCUUCUUUUUCGGACCCAUCAUGACUUUUGACCGAUUCCACGCGCAGGCUAACAACCCAGACUUGACUCGUAAAGACAGAGAAAUGUGGAACAUCUUCAUCCAUGCUUUGGUGCACCUUGGAGCCAUCUUGGUUGUGGACGUGCUCUUCCAUUACCUCUACAUUCUGACCAUCCCCACUGACAUGAAGCUAGUGAAAGAGUUGUCUGACUGGUCUUUGGCUGGUCUGGCCUACUUCAAUCUGGUCUACGACUGGGUGAAAGCAGCGGUCAUGUUUGGUGUUAUUAACACAGUGUCUCUGCUAGACCACCUGGACCCUCCCCGGCCUCCUAAAUGUAUCACCAUGCUGUAUGUCUUUGCUGAAACGCACUUUGACAGAGGAAUCAAUGACUGGCUGUGCAAGUACGUCUAUGACUACAUUGGCGGCAAUCACGAUGGAAUCUUCAAGGAGUUGGUCGCCACUAUCUGCACCUUUUCCAUUACGACUCUCUGGCUCGGACCCUGCGAGCUGGUGUACGUUUGGUCUUUUUUCAACUGCUUCGGCCUGAACUUUGAGCUGUGGGUGGCUAAGCUCUUCUCUCUGCCACCCCUGUCUACCAUUGAAGGUCUGAUGACUGAAGCAAUGUCGCGCCGCAUUAGGGGACUGUUCAACGCAGUUAACUUCUGGCAAAUCGUCCUCUACAAUGUCCUUUCACUGAACAGCCUGGAAUUCGCAAAGCUGGUGGCCAGGAGGCUGCUGAUCAAGGGAUUCCCUGUGUCCCCUAUUAUGGUGCUCCUAGUGACGUACUGUGGCAUCCAGCUCAUAAAGGAACGGGAGAGGAAACUAGCUCUGCUGGAGGAGCCAGAACCAGCCACACCAGGCAAACCCAAAACCAGUUAGGUCUGGAACAAGAGGCAGGGUCAACGGAUUACUAACUCUGAGCUUCCACAGCAAGCCCAAGCAGGCCCCCAUCACUAUGGCGACGGCUCAGAACAAGCCUGCUUCUUAAGCAGCAGGGAAUGAUUUUUUGAACUGUGAAUAGGCCUCAAGUGUACUUGCUAUGGAAAUGCCAACUGUCCUUUCCCAAAGACUCUCUCUCUCUCUCUCUCUCUCUCUCUCUCUCUCUCUCAUACACACACACACACACACACACACACACACACACACACACACACAAAGUAAUAAGAGCAUUUCUAUGCCAAUCAUUUUAUUUAAACUAAGAUGCAUAUGUAAAGGAUGGCCUUGCCAAAUAUUUUAUGCAGAUAUAUUAAACAAUGAAAAACAAAAAAUAACUUUUA